UAAUGUGCAUCUAGGAUUGACAACCAUUGCUCAAGAAUGUUUCCCACACCUCAAAAUCUGCAUGCCCCAAGCCUCAUGAGGUUUUUUUCUUUACUCCCCCCAUAUAUUUGUUUAAUAUUUUUCUUUAAAUCAGUUUUUUGUUAUAUAAACAGAUGCACUUAAAAAGCAAACCAUGCAUCCCUUGCAUGUAGGAAAACUAGUUUCACAGGCCAUAAAUGGGGCAUCGUUGUAAUAAAUAUAUUCUCUUUUGACAUUUUUAAGUUCUCACCUGAAAUCAUCUUGCAUUCCAUCACACCUGGGGAGUCUCUACUCUAGAACUGUGCUUUUUGAUCUUCUUUCUGUCAUAAAGGUGAUAAAAUGCACUAUUUAUGUUCUUCAAGCACUCUCAUGAGCUGUGCUAGCUUUGAGCACCCCGAUCUGCUUAGCAAGAUAAACAGGUCCAAAUGCAGGUGAGAGCAACCAUAUUACAGAAUAACCUCGAUUCAAUGAUCAUCUUUAUUUACAAAAAAGUAAUUCAUCAAUAGGAGAACAGAUAAACUGUGGUAUAGCCAAAUAAUGGAACACCAUUCAGCAAUGAAAAGGAACAAACUGCUGACACAUAGAACAACGUGAGUGAACCUCAGAAACGUUGUGCUGAGUAAAACAGACACAGAAGACCACACAGGUGGCCACUGCAACUGAUGUGGAUGUGCCUGACAAGAUGAAGAGCCCAAUCCCUGUGGUGCUUCUGGCCUGUGGCUCCUUUAACCCCAUCACCAACAUGCACCUGCGCUUGUUUGAGGUGGCCAGAGAUCACCUACAUCAAACAGGAAUGUACCAGGUCAUCCAAGGUAUCAUCUCUCCUGUCAAUGACAACUAUGGGAAGAAAGACCUCGCAGCUUCUCAUCACCGAGUGGCCAUGGCCCAGCUGGCCCUGCAGACAUCCGACUGGAUCCGAGUAGACCCCUGGGAGAGUGAGCAGGCACAGUGGAUGGAGACAGUGAAGGUGCUGAGGCAUCAUCACAGCGAACUGCUCAGAUCUCCACCCCAGAUGGAAGGCCCAGACCAUGGCAAGGCACUCUCCCCGUCCCCUGCAGCUGUGCCUGAGCUGAAGCUUCUCUGCGGGGCAGAUGUCUUGAAGACCUUCCACACCCCCAACCUCUGGAAGGACGCGCACAUCCAGGAAAUAGUGGAGAAGUUUGGCUUGGUGUGCGUGGGCCGGGUGGGUCACGACCCAAAAGGGUACAUCUCAGAAUCUCCCAUCCUACGGAUGCACCAGCACAACAUUCACCUGGCCAAGGAGCCCGUGCAGAAUGAGAUCAGUGCCACGUACAUCAGGCGAGCCUUGAGCCAAGGGCAGAGUGUGAAGUACCUGAUCCCCGAUGCUGUCAUCACCUACAUCAAGGCCCAUGGCCUCUACACCAAGGACAGUGCCUGGAAAGGCACAAGCACCCAGAGUGCUGAGGGAAAGACCAGCUAGGGAGGGGGACUCGGCACCCACACCUCCUCCACCAAGCUCCUGCUCAGGAGAGGGCUGCUAAGGUUUCUGUUUGACUUUGGUUUUUGCUUCUCCAUUUUUCAUUUGUUUAUUUCUACAAUGAUUCUACUUCCGUGGAGUCUUCUGUCCCAGGAAGAGAUCCUUCUUUGUGGGAGAGGAAAGGUCUAAAUCACAAGGAUGGACAUUUAUCAACGAAGUUAAAGUGGCAUGGCAGGUCAUUAGGAUUAAGCAGAAUCUCUCAGAGCUGCUGGACCAAGGAGGCCUACUUAUUUUGUGUGGAUGGUAAUUAUGGUGUGCACACUGAAUGCAGUUCUGAGCAUGGCAAGGGGCCCCUGAGGGUCAGAUCACAAUUGCCCAGAAUGCAGUUUUUAACUAGAACCAGGUGCAGCAUGCUAGUCUUGAUUGGAGAGAUUUGACAGGAUGCUAAUUACUGAACAGUGGGUUUUGUCAAUGCCCCGGUUUCAGAAUAUGAACUGAGGAGUCAAACAGUUGGAAGCAGCACGUUGCUGAUUUACACUGAAUCUUGCCUUACAAACCAUCGUCUGCCUGACUAACCAGCCCUUCAUAAAAUUUAAACAAAACUCUUUCUACGUAGUGAUCCUCAAGCAGUAUUUUUCAUAUGGCAAGUAUCAAACUUGCUGUAGUGUAAAAGCCGGGGCUCCUCAUUUCCAGGUUCCUAAAAAGGAACUGAGGUAAAACAGAUGCCUGACUGUUUUAAAGGAUCUUUUUUAAUGUUUUAUGACUGCCUCUCUGUUUGAAUAUUGGCAAAGGGAUAAAUAAUAAAUUGACAUCAAAAAGUA